AUCUGCAGCUAAAAAUGUCUCAUGAGGAGAAGCUGAAGAACUACAGGACCGCUCCGUUUGACGCUCGCUUUCCCAACACCAACCAAACCCGCAACUGUUACCAGAACUAUCUGGAUUACCAUCGAUGUAACAAAGCUCUGACGGCCAAAGACAAGGACCCGGCUCCCUGCGAGUGGUACCACCGAGUCUACAAGAGCCUCUGCCCCAUCGCCUGGGUUCAGAAAUGGGAUGAUCAGCUGGAGGCCGGAACUUUUCCCGGGAAGAUCUGAGCCGUUCGAGCGUUUCCCGUCUCCUGUCAUCAUCUCAAUGUGAAAAACUCUCAGAAGAAGCAGCUUAAAUAAAUGAACUAUCUACUGUGAA